AUGAAGAUUGCUGUUGAAGGUUGUGGUCAUGGGUGUCUUAAUAAGAUUUAUCAAGCUAUUAAUAAGCAGAAAGUGGAGCUUUUAAUAAUGUGUGGAGAUUUUCAAAGUGUGAGAAAUGCGGCUGACAUGCAGUGUCUUAGUGUUCCUCCCAAGUAUAGAAGAAUGGGAGAUUUCCGUGAUUAUUACACGGGAAAGAAAAGGGCGCCGGUGUUCACAAUUUUUAUUGGAGGUAAUCAUGAAGCUUCAAAUUAUUUGGACGAAUUGAAGUAUGGAGGAUUUGUUGCUCCUAAUAUUUAUUACUUGGGGCGUACCGGUAGUAUAUGGUAUAAAGGAUUAAGAAUCGUUGGAUGGUCGGGCAUCUACAAUGGUGGAGAUUUUAUGAAACUCCGGCCAGAAUCAAACAUUGAAUACGAUGAUCGCCGUAUAGUUCGAUCCAUGUAUCAUUAUAGAAAAGAUGAUUACUUGAAAAUGAGAUUUUUGAAGCAGUGUAAUAAAUCUAUAUUACUUUCACAUGACUGGCCAAAUAAAAUCACAGAGUAUGGGGAUACGAAACUUUUGUUACGCAGAAAGCCAUUUUUCAAGAAGGACAUUCAACAUGGUGAAUUAGGAUCACCAGCAAAUCAAGAAUUAUUAGAUCAUUUAAAACCAUUAUAUUAUUUUGCCGCGCAUUUACACGUGGUAUAUCGAGCAAAGAUUGAUUGGAAUAAAAAGAGAUAUUCCGAUGGCAAUGAUUCUUCCAGCAAGCGAGUCAAGACAGACUUAAAGGCGAAGAACAUCAACGAAAUAGAAUUGGAUAUAAGUGACUUGGAAAUGGAAAAUGGUUUAAGUGCGAUUGAAAAGAGUGAGCCACGCACACAAGGAUCCUUGAGUCCAACAAACUUCCUCGCAUUAGAUAAAUGUCUCUCUGGAAGACAAUAUGUUGAAGUUCUAAAUGUUCCACUAACAAAUAGCAAACACCCAUCGACCCAGCAUAGCAAUCCUGAUUUAUAUCUCGAUCCUGAGUAUAUAGCGGUAAUGAAAUCGGUGAACAAGCAUUACAAGGAUUGGGAAGGUCUUAACUACGAACAGAUUCUCAAACCAAGCAAAGAUUUCGAGGACUUGGUGGAAGCGGAUACCGUGCAAAUGUUGAAAAUUUUCGACGAGUUAGAUUCUGAUGAAUAUGAUCGUUUGUUUGCGAUUAAUGAGCAUUCGUUUGUACAAACGGCAGAUCCGAAGACAAGUAUUGUUCAAGAAUACCAGAACCCUCAAACCGAAAUCUUUAAAGAAAGAUUUAGCUAA